AUGAGGCCCAUCUUUGCCCUCUUCCUCCUCAUCCUCAGCGUCGCCGGUCAGGUGAACAACACCAAAUCCUGCCCUAGCGAACUGACCAAAGGCUUCGAAUUCCCCCACUUGAUCAUUCCUAUCGACUCCGAGGCUCCAGACGUUGCACGCGGCACCUCCUACAACGGCAAAAUCACGCCAACAGUCUCCUCUAUCUUCAACUUCGAUAUCCCCAGCGCCCUCAACAUCAACCAAACGCUGAUCUGCAGCCUCUGGUUCCUUUUCCCCGAACGCAACUACCGUUUCAGCGGCGAUGGGUUGGUGAAGUUUAGCCGUCUCGAGGCGCCCGCGACACUUGUUACGUCGUAUGCAAAUGCACCGGCUGUACAGGAGGAGCUGCAGAUCGCGACUCUAGUUCCCGGGCGGAAAUAUAACGUGACCAGCUUCGAGUGUCCUGCGGGCCAGGCGAUUGCAUUUCGCUUGGAUAAUGCGGGUUCGACAGAGUUGGAUUACUUUCAGGACUAUAAUGAGCCGCCAAUUGGCCUUUACAUCACCAAAUGUUGA